AUGAUAACUCCAUGCAGGCCAGAAGAGUUUGCCGCGCGUGGAGUCAUCCGCGAGACAAGAGGACACACUCAAGAAGUUCGGCAACAUGAUAUAAUACACUUAUUCAUUAUUGGAAAACCAACAGAAAAUGAAGACUUCGUAACUGCCAAACUUUUUAAUGAAAGCCAAUCACAUCGCGAUAUCAUUCUCAUUGACGUUGUAGACUCUUACAAGAACCUUACUUUGAAGUCCAUUAUGAUCCUCCGAUGGAUCACAGAUUACUGUUCCAACACGAAAUAUCUGUUGAAAGUUGACAGUGAUAUCUUGGUGAACUUGAACAACUUGAUCUCUUUUUUGGAAUCUGCGCCAAGAAGUAGCUACGUGACUGGAAAUGUAAACGAGUUUCCUGUAGCAUUUCGAAAACGCACGGUGAAGAAUCCCGUGACAAAGGAAGAAUGGCCACUGGCGAAUUACCCACCUCGGCCCUCGGGCACGUCUUACAUUAUAUCAGGCGAUGUUGUAGCAAGACUAUAUCGAGCAUCUCUCCGCACUAGAUUGUUAAACAUCGAGGAUGUCUACAUCGGUAUUCUUCUCACUGUUAUUGGCGUGAGGCCACAAAAGCAAGAAGGUUUUAUGGUCCGUGCCAAAACCACGUGCUUGCCCAAAUGUUGUCAAAACAAUGCCAUAACAUACAACUUUGAUGGUAGUGAAAAUUUGAUUGAACACAACAAAGAGGUGAAGCUGUUGAACCUGACUGGCCAUUGCAUGUAG